AUGAGAAGCAUGGAUAAGUGGUUCUGUCCCUCUGUUCUUGUUUCUCUUUGCUUGUUAUCUUCAAUUCAAGUUAUUUUUGCUGCAAAUUAUGUUCCCACCGAGAAAAUCCUGUUAGAUUGUGGGGCCAAGUCCGAUCAACCCGAUUCGGAUGGUCGGGUUUGGACCUCAGAUAGGGGUUCUUCAUUCUUGUCUUCGUCUGCAAAUUCUUCCACAGCCACUGCUUCCACUCAGGACCCUGCCGUUCCCCAAGUUCCGUAUCUAACAGCUCGUAUUUUUCGGUCCAAUUUUUCCUAUAGUGUCCCUGUGGUUUCUGGUCGUAAAUUCAUUCGUUUGUAUUUCUAUCCUUCUUCAUACAAUGGGCUUAAUGCAUCCAAUGCUCUCUUUUAUGUUACUGCUGGGUCUUAUACACUUCUUAGCAAUUUCAGUGUUGCUCAAACCGCAGAAGCUUUGAAUUAUGUUUCAAUUAUGAAGGAGUAUUUGGUCAAUGUGGAUGGUGAUACAUUGAACAUAACCUUCAGUCCGUCUUCAAAUCCUUCGAGUGCUUAUGCAUUUGUAAAUGGAAUUGAAAUCGUUUCAAUGCCGGACAUUUAUAGUAAUGUUGAUGGAGUGAUGAUUGUCGGCCAAGAUUCCCCAUUUACCAUUGACAAUACUACUGCCCUUGAGAAUGUAUAUCGGUUAAAUGUGGGAGGUAAUAGCAUCACACCGUCUGAAGAUACAGGUCUAUUUCGGUCGUGGUCUGAUGAUCAGAUAUAUCUUUAUGGGGCUGCAUUUGGUGUUCCACAGAGUGCUGAUCCAAAUACGACAAUUAGAUAUCCUCCAGGGAUGCCCUCCUAUGUUGCCCCAGCUAAUGUGUAUGCUACUGCUAGAUCCAUGGGGCCAGAUCCUCGCGUCACCAUGAAUUACAAUUUGACUUGGCUUUUUAGCGUGGAUUCCAGUUUCAGUUACUUGGUUAGGCUCCAUUUUUGUGAGGUUUCGAAUAUAACCAUGAUUAAUCAAAGAGUGUUUGACGUCUUCCUCAAUAAUCAAACUGCUGAAGAUGGAGCAGAUGUGAUGGCUUGGGCAGGGGGUAAUGGGAACAAUGGAGUUCCGGUUUAUAAAGAUUAUGUUGUACUAGUUCCUAGCGGACCUCCCCAGCAGGAUAUAUGGCUUGCACUUCAUCCCAAUCCAAAAUCAAAGCCCCAGUAUUACGAUGCAAUCCUAAAUGGUGUAGAGAUUUUCAAGUUAAGCAGUCCAAAUGAUGGUAAUCUUGCUGGACCAAAUCCAAUUCCUGCUCCUAAACAGGAGGAAAUUGACCCCACAAAGGCCAGACCAGCAUCUGGCUCUGGACAUUCAAAGAGCCAAACAGCAAUUAUAGCUGGAGGUGUGAGUGGUGGAGUUGUUCUAGCUGUUGUCAUCGGUUUCUGUAUUCUCGCUGCAUCCCGUCACCGUAGACAUGGAAAGGAGGCAAGUUCAAGUGAUGGGCCAUCUGGGUGGCUUCCCCUUUCUCUCUAUGGAAAUUCACAUUCUGCUGGAUCAGCCAAGACAAAUACAACAGGAAGUUAUGCUUCCUCUCUGCCUUCAAACCUUUGCCGCCACUUCUCGUUUGCUGAGAUCAAUUCUGCCACCAAGAACUUUGAUGAGAAUUUGCUCCUUGGGGUGGGAGGUUUUGGUAAAGUUUACAAGGGAGAAAUUGAUGGUGGAACAACUAAAGUUGCAAUCAAGCGUGGCAAUCCACUCUCCGAGCAAGGAGUGCAUGAGUUCCAGACUGAGAUUGAAAUGCUCUCAAAACUUCGACACCGCCACCUUGUUUCAUUGAUUGGGUACUGUGAAGAGAAUACAGAGAUGAUUCUUGUCUAUGACUAUAUGGCUUAUGGAACAUUGCGUGAACAUCUAUACAAAACCCAAAGGCCCCCUCUUCCAUGGAAGCAAAGACUUGAGAUAUGCAUUGGGGCUGCUCGUGGUUUGCACUAUCUCCAUACUGGUGCAAAGCACACUAUCAUCCACCGUGAUGUCAAGACAACAAACAUUCUUUUGGAUGAGAAGUGGGUUGCCAAGGUCUCUGAUUUUGGGUUGUCAAAAACAGGCCCUACAUUGGAUCACACUCAUGUCAGCACUGUUGUCAAAGGUAGUUUUGGCUAUCUGGAUCCGGAGUACUUCAGGAGGCAACAACUAACUGAAAAAUCGGAUGUUUACUCAUUUGGAGUUGUGCUGUUUGAGAUCCUCUGCGCUCGACCGGCAUUGAACCCAACACUGCCCAAGGAACAGGUGAGCCUGGCAGAGUGGGCUGCUCAUUGCCAUAAGAAAGGCAUUCUUGAUCAGAUUCUUGACCCCUAUCUGAAGGGGAAGAUUUCACCAGAAUGCUUCAAAAAGUUUGCUGAGACUGCAAUGAAGUGCGUCUCUGAUCAAAGCAUUGACAGGCCAUCAAUGGGUGACGUACUCUGGAACUUGGAGUUUGCCUUGCAGCUACAAGAGAGUGCAGAGGACAGUGGCAAGGGUAUUGUCGAAGCAGACGAGGAGGAGGUGCCAUUCAAUGUCGCCUACAAAGGGAAGAAAGAUCCUGAUGCAUCCCCCGGUUAUGAUGGUAAUAUAACAGAUUCGAGGAGCAGUGGAAUCAGUAUGAGCAUAGGCGGUCGGAGCCUCGCAAGUGAAGACUCUGAUGGCUUAACACCAAGCGCUGUGUUCUCACAGAUCAUGAACCCAAAAGGACGAUGA